CUAGAGGUUUCGAUCGAAUUUUUUACAUCGCUCUAUAGAAAUUCUUUCAUUGACAAGAGGAAGUUGAGGUUCACGCAACAUUUGUCGCUCUUCGAUAGAAGAAGGCUUCGUCUUCUUUGUGGAUUGCAUCGAACUUUGUGGAUCAACACAGAAACCCUUUUUCAGCAAUCUCUUACACGGUGACCAGCUUCCUGUUUGUGAAGAAAACUGUAGAGCCUCGAAGACACCGAUUCUGGAGUUUCACUGCUUAUAAGAAGAUUGAAUUUCCAGCGAAAUACACCGAAAGACAACUAACGAUUGACAGCUUUGGCUAAAGGUUUUCCUGCCCCAGAAACUGCGACAGCUUCACAAAAAUAGUCCAUGGCUACCGCAGCACCACCAGUUUCAUCCACAAAGGAGACAACCAACUACGCUCGUCUGUGUCGUCUGCUGGUCGAUGUUGGUACCCAGGCCCUUAGGGACACAUUUGAUACCAUUUAUCCACCAGCAAAUCUUCACGCAAUUUUGUCGGCCACUAAAACCACCUUACAAUCCCUGAGAACAAAAAAGGUUAUAAACGCGACGCAAUGGGGAAAGCUCUUCCCAGCCAUCCCUACAUCAGUGUCAUCAGCCCAUUUCGACAUCACUCUAUUAAUGGUUCUCCUGCGAAACGUAUGUGGCUUACCUUCUCCCGCAGCAGGCUGGGAUACACUUCCUGCUGUGACAGAUGUGAGUCGUGAAGCUGAUGUUGCUCGUGUUAAAUAUUACAGAAAUACUGUGUACGGUCAUGCUGAGUGUGCUUCAGUUGAUGAUUCGAUGUUCAACGCAUGCUGGGGAGACAUCCGGGACACUCUAGUGAGACUUGGGGGAAUGAAAUAUAAAGCAGCCAUUGACAAUCUUGAAACUGAGUGCAUGGACCCUGAAGCUGAGGAUCACUACAAAGAAGCUCUGAGCCAAUGGAAGAAAGACGAAGACAGUGUGAAAGAUAAACUGGAUGAGGUUAUCAAAAAGCUGGAUGAUUUGACAUCAUCAAGUUUGCCUCAAAGCAAGGAAUCUGCAAUUGAAGGUAAGUCUACUGUGCUGGAAGAGCUGUCGGAUCCUGCAUUGUGUAGAGAAAGAGGCCAUGAGACCGAAACUCUGGAUCACUAUUGUAAGAACUGUAAAGUCCGCGUUUGUGAUAAGUGUGGACGGACUCGUCACACUCAUCACACCAAAGUGAACAUCCAACAGGCUACCGAGGAAGAGAAACUGAAGAUGGAAGAGAUUGUAGAACAAGUGAAAUUGCGAAUUGUUGACCUUGAGAUGCAAAUGAAAACAACAACAGAACUUUUAACAAUAAGUAAGGAAAAAAUUACUGCUGCUCGUAAGGAUGUAUGGACAACAGUUGAAGAACUCAUUCGUGAAUUAAAGAAACAUGAAAGGGCCAUGGUGACCCAGUUAGACUUUAUUGAAAAAGAACAGCAAAGAGAUCAUUCAACACAGUUAGAACACUUGCAAGCAUCUGUAAACGAAUUAAAAAGCUCUGUACUAACUUGUGAAGAAAUCCUACACAAAAAAGUCAGCAUUGAAACUUUACAAGCGCAACAGGCCGAAAUUGAAAGGUGCAGAGGAAUUCUACAAGCACCAAAAAAAGACAUUUAUAAGACAUGUCAACUUCGCUAUCAGAUAAAUGAGGAGUACCACAAGAGUUUGACAGGCUCUGCUCCUGGUGAACUUAUUGUCAGUAAAACGGAUCCCUUAAGGUCAUGUUUAAAAUGGGAUGAUUGGAGAAGAUGGGAAGCCGGAAAAAAGCAGAGUUUUGAGGUUGAACUUAAUAGUUCAGAUAAGAACUUUUGGCAUCGAAAUAUCAAUAACAUCGAUGAGAUCAAGGUGAAAGUUCAUAGUCCAACCGGAGUAGACUACGAGCUCGAGUGUAAUUUUGCUUUUUUAGGGUCACACUGUUUUGCUUUCAGGCCACUCUGUGAUGGAGAACAUGAGGUGACAGCUUCAGUUAAUGAUCAACCACUUCCCGGUACCCCACUUAGGCUACUUGUGGCUCCACAUCAGUACAAUCGCAUAAUUAAACAUCAGCCACGUAGAAAAACGCAAUUUAAAGAGCCCUGCGCUGUCGCAAUAGACACAAAAACAGGUAAUUGGGCAGUAGCUGAUCGAAAGAAACAAAGGGUACAAAUUUUUUCUUUUCUCGGUUACGAUCUUAAUAAGCUUGGUCAGAGUGAACCAGUGCUGAAAGAGCCCACUUCAGUUGCAUUCACUCAAUCUGGUGAUGUCAUCGUCAUUUCCGCUGGUGCAAUGUUUCUUUUUACUACUAAUGGUAAAUUUAUUGAAAAGGUCAGCAACAAACACCUCAAAGACCCAUUUUCAGUAACCUUUGCGAGUGAUGGCCGCAUGGUAGUGUGCGACUCAAGUGACAAGUCCGUGAAAGUCCUCUCCCCUGACGGGACAGAAUUGUUACAGUCCUUUAGGGCUCCAGACUCCGAAGAUUCCCCGUGGGAAGCUGUUUGUCACCAAGACAUGUUCUUCGUGUCUUACCCCACAGCUACUUGUGUUAAAACAUUUAAUAAGGACGGGGACUUUCUCUAUGAUAUUGGUAAAGAGAACAGAGGCGAAGGACGAUUGAGUAAACCCCGUGGACUCGCUGUCGAUGCCUUUGGCAGUUUGAUUGUUUGUGACGAGGAAAACAAAUCCUUAAGUUUUUUCAAACUUACUGGAACUUUUUUAAAAAUGAUUCGUAGCGAUAGGUGGGACUGCCCUUGGUCUAUUGCUGUCAGCCCAAGUACUCUAUCGGCAUGGUUUAUUGUUGCUGAUCCCAACACAAAAAGCGUCAUAAUCUGUGAAUAACUGCAAAUAUCAAGCGCUCCAAACUAAAAGUUACCUUUUUGUCUUUUAAAUUCUAUUCAGUAAACUAUCUGCCCUAUCUGUUAUUAAGGCUGAUAGUUUCGAAAGAAACUGUUUGGGGCUGCGUCGGUGGGGGUAACGAAAUAAUUUGGAUAUAUCAACAAAGUUGAAAUGGUAAACUGGCCACCGUAACGAUUACAAAAGCGGACGUUUCGAGCCCGGCGUGAGAGCAGAAGCAAUGUAAACACACAAGAAUCGAGUGACUGUAUAGGUUGGCCUGUCAUAUCUGAUAAAACUUAUAAGCACUUUGUAAUGCGUAUUAGGUGAUAGUACCAAAAAUAGAUUAAAAAAACUAGUCGGAGGAAAUUAGCUUGUUUCCUUAUGUGGAGGAAAGAGCUGCUGAUUUCCAAUCAAAGUACUUGAAAGGGAUACCUUCCUUAUCAAAAAUCCCAAUAUUGAUAAAUUAACGGUUCAAACUAAGAGCGAGCAUUCACGCCAUGAUUCAGGAACUUGUCCACAUCCUCCCUUCCUCCCAAGAGCUAUCUGGUUCCUAAAACGACGUGCCGACAGAAUUCAAUAUUCGUUCUUAGGGAAGGGAAAACCAGGUUGGUAGGAUUCUGGCGACUUUACCAAAGUAGAGUAGAGUAGAGUAGACAUCUAUAUUUAUAAAGGAUAGCCCCUUCAGUGUAGUAAACACUGGUAUCAACGG